AUGGCAGCUAACCGUACUGUGAAAAUCGAUGUCACUACGUGGGUUUCGAAUCUAGCAAUAAAUAAAGAGUCUAAGAACAUAGUCAAAAUCUAUCAAGGCGUAAAGACCGAAGAAGAUAUAGGUAAAAAAAUCGCUCUUCAAGUCAAACAUUCGUUUGCUAAUGAUGUUUCUCUUCGAGAACCUGUUUUCGUUACCGUCAAUGUGAAAUACAUCUACGAGAGGCGUAUGAUUUUGCCGCCAGCUGUUUCUGUUCCGAGAGGUGCUCCAGCUGACGUAUUACAGAGGUUGGUUGAAGAACAGAUAGUAGAAUCAACGUGUUCGAUUUGUAUUGAGAAUUUAUCGGGAAACAUCAUCCGGAUGCCUCGAUGUCUGCAUAUGUUUCAUCAAGAUUGUCUUUUCGAGUGGCUUGGUCAUCAAAACUCGUGUCCCUUGUGUCGCAUAGUUCCGUACAAGGCGGAGACUCAAACUUCGGCUUAG